AUGGGCGAAGAAGCGCUGUCCAACAACGAGAACCCACAGCGCACGCCGCUACCAGCGUUGAGCAUCACAGUGGACCCGUCUGUGGACAUGGAGGAGGUGCAGGGUCCAGCGACGCACGACCAUCUUCUGCAACUGGCUUGCCUCUGUUCCUUCAUCUUCAUGUGCGUGCAGUUCGCAGGCGGCUACUACGCCGACAGUCUGGCCAUCAUGACAGACGCGGCGCAUUUGCUCUCGGAUGUCGCGGGCUUCCUCGUGUCCCUCUUUGCGAUGUACUUGGGCCAGUUCCCAGCGUCUGCUACUAUGCCGUAUGGCUACCAUCGAGCGGAAGUGAUCGGCGCACUACUGAGUGUGCUGUUGAUCUGGGCACUAGCCAUCGGUCUCAUGUUCACAGCCGUAAGAAGGCUAAUCGACCAAGGACGACCUGACGCCGAGCAGACAGUAGACGGCAAGGCCAUGUUUGUCGUAGCAGUCUUUGGACUGGGCAUUAACCUAGUAUUGAUGAAGAUUCUGGGCCAUGGACAUCACCACGGACAUGGUCACAGUCACGGACAUGGACACAGUCACGGGCACGGUCACAGUCACGGCGGCCACUGCGAGAAGGAGAAAGGCACAGUCGAGCAGAGCCCCAGUAUGCAAGAUGUUGUGAGGACCCCCAUGUCAGCAAUGGCGUUAAUGGACGGCGUGGAAGAACCAACAACGCGUGUUUCGGAAGGUUUGGCGCCAAAGUCGUCAGUGUUCGAGAACAUCAACGUUCGCGCUGCGUACAUCCACGCUCUUGGUGACUUCGUACAGAGUCUCGGCGUGUGUCUUGCCGGCGCACUGAUCUGGUACAACCCGUCGUGGCAAAUGGCGGACCCGAUAACGACGCUAUUGUUCUCGUUCUUAGUGCUCGGCACGACCAUCGGAGUGCUCACGCGUAGUGUGUACAUUUUAAUGGAGGGGGCUCCACCUGCGCUUGACUUGCGUGUAGUGGAGAAGCGGAUUCGAGCGCUUGCAAGUGUGUACGACGUCCACGAUCUGCACAUUUGGAUGCUCACUGAGGGUCAUUACGCUGCCAGUGUGCAUAUCUUACCGAAUGGGGAGCCUCGUGCAGCUCUCCGUGCAACACAACGUUUGCUGGCGUCGCUGGGCGUACGUCGACAGACCGUGCAAGUGGAAGACCCCACUGAUCGCGACUGGAGCGAGGAUCUUUACUGCAACUGGACGUCGUAUUCCAAUGUGGCGAUCGGGGUCGAGAGCAAGAUGUCGGUUCCGCGUGCAGGAACUAAGAAGGCUGCUUUUGACCCUCUACCUGGUGCAACCGACUUAGAAAAUGUUUAG